CACGCACACAACUUUGCGCUUUCGUUUCAAGUUCCGCUGUCCGCAGCAAGACUUUUACGGAAAUACGGAAUCCUUACUGACCCACAGUCAGUCAGUUAUUUACUUAUCACUUCAUUCAUUUAGAUUUUGAGAUUAUUCGAACGUUCACUAGUCUAACAAGAUUCAUCGGAUUGUCACUUUUUCCUCUGACUGUUUGAUAAAGGUGAAGUUUUUUCGGCUCAUCCUUGCUCGUGCUAGUGUUGUGGUCCACGAAAUCCAGCUUUUCUUGCUCGCUGUCGUGUUUACCUCCGCUGCGAUCCUACCUUAAAGCUAGCAAUUAAUCAUCCUUCCGUAAGCGAAGAUCCUUUUUGUGGACUCGAGAUAGUGAAAAUGCUCGUUCAUCUCUAUAAUUUAUUGAAUAUCAGAAAAACCAUAAUUUAAUCUGACUGUAAAUGAACUGAUACUCUGGUUUCGGUAAUCGUAACGUAAGUCGCCGCUCGACGAACGUCUCUUGGGAAUGGGAAGUCCGGUUUAAUUUUUUGGUUAAAAAAUCUGUGAAUGUUUUGAUCAGAGACAGAACUAAAUCAAGACGGAUGAAUAGUGAAACGAUUCUGCGGGUCAUCAUUCAAACGUAUAUUCAGUUCACCUAAUAAACUGUUCAACACAAGCAUUUCGUACUCAUACAAACUUUGAACACGUUUUUUCCAGUUCAGUGAGAGUAUUUACAACUCGGCGAAUUUCAGAGCUUAUCACUUAUCAGUGUCCAUAAGCAGGGUCUGCCAUUCGCUCGGGGAAAGGGAUAAAGGCUGGCGAAGUAUGGAUAGCAAAAUUCCUCACAUUCCGAAAACUUUACACGAAAGCAAUCUGGAGGAAGGCGCUACCCACAUUCUCCAACACAUCAGACCUGAAUGGAGUGCCGACAAAGUUCAGUUCAAGUUAUUCACGGACGGAAUAACCAACAAAUUAAUGGGCUGUUUUCAUGAUGACCACCCAACUGAUGGAGUUCUUGUCAGAGUUUAUGGUCAACAAACAGAUCUUCUCAUCAACCGCGCCAAUGAGAUCAAAAAUUUUAAAUUUUUGCAAAAAGCUGGGUUUGCUCCCAAGCUGUACGCAACGUUCAAUAAUGGUAUAGCUUAUGAGUUCGUCUCGGGAGAAACAUUAUCACAAGAUUCUUGUAAACAUCCAUCAGUUUACCCUCUGGUAGCCCGAACUAUGGCCCAGUUUCACAAAUUAUCCUCUGAUGCAGAUUCACCGAAAGUGCCUGUUUUAUGGAAGAAAUUUAGACAAUUCCUCGACCUUGUGCCAGAAACAUAUGAUUCCCCUGACACUCAAAUAAGAUUUGAAGAAUGUUUUCCAAAUGGAAAAAGCAAGAUAACCAGCGAAGUUUCAAGUUUGGAAUCAAUACUAAAACAUGAAAAAAAUUUGCCUGUCGUCCUCUGCCACAACGAUUUAUUGUUAGCAAAUAUUUUAGUCACUGGGAACAAUGAAAAUGUAACAUUUAUUGACUAUGAAUAUGCUGAUCACAAUUACCAAGCAUUUGAUAUUGGUAAUCAUUUUGCGGAAUUCGCAGGUGUUUCGCAGCCUGAUUUCUCACUGUACCCAGAUGAGGAGUUCCAGAACAAGUGGCUGCGAUGUUACCUAGAAGCUUACUUAGACACCAAAGUCCUUGACAAGGAUGUCGAUCAACUUCGAGACCAAGUCAACAAGUUUGCCUGUGCUGCUCACUUGUUUUGGGGUGUUUGGGCAUUAGUACAGGCACAGUUAUCUACGAUAGACUUUGAUUUCAUUCUGUACGCAAAGAAUAAAUACCAGGCGUAUUUAAUAAUGAAAGAAAAAUACUUAUGUAGUUAACAAUGCCCUUUGUUUUGUGAUUUAAUGAGAAUCGAUGCCAUACCUUAUCUUAGUCUUAUGCAGUAUUGUGACUCUUGAUAUAAAGCAUAUUUUAUCAAAAUGUGAAUGUGAUGUACUUAAGUAUUGAAAAUCAGAACAAGCCUUGGUAUCUACUUUUGUGAUUUUUACCUAGUGAUGUAUCGAUCAGUACCAAAGUUAUAUUGAUUUGCCAUCAUAUUGCCAUUACAGCAAAUAGUUUGAUUUGCCAGCCCUACCUUUCUUAUGUUUUCAGUCGUAUAAAUUUGUCAAAAUUUGUCACUUUCUUCUGCAAGUCGAUAAUCAAAACUCUGUUACUUUAUCAAUGGACCACUAGACAAAGAACGAAUUUAAACAUUCUGAAGAAAUUUCAAAAUUUUAUGUAGUGUACUAUUUAAGCAACGUAAAUAAUUGAUAUCAACUCUAAACUGUGAUAAUAACGUCUUUAUUCAGUAUUUGCCAUUAUUUACGAAAAAUGUGGAUUGCCUGCCCAUAAGAAAAACAUGAGUCUGCGUGAAUCAAAUCGUGUACUUAAGCAGUCUUGGUAGGCCUCUCAAUCAAGCAGGGAUCCUCUCCCACUCUGUGUUGUUCAAAGUGUAAACAAUGUGCAAUAGCCGAGCCAAAGUGCUGAUUUUAAGAUUGUCAUAUUUUCAUUCUGCAACCACUGUCACAGUAAUGUUUAGUUUGCGAUUUAACUCAAGUAGAUCAUGGUGUUUUUUUUUUCUUUGAGCGGGAAUUUUUAGUUUAUGCAUACAAAAACAUUAAUAUCUUGGUAGGAGUUACUUAAAAUCAUUUUUGUUGUACAAAUCAUGUUCUACGUGAAAUUUUGAUUAGAAAACUUACAUCCUAGUGCUUACAAUUGCACAUUGUCUAAGGGACCAUUAUUCCAGGUUGAAAAUCAAAUUUUCACCUUAAUUACUGUUCAAGGUCUUUGAUGAGCGAUCAGUCAAGUUCGAAUGAUCAGUCUGCUGGAUGAAUAAAAUUAACUCUUCGGAGGUUCAUCUUUGUAUGUUUCUGACUCUCCAUUGAUGAAUAAUGUCAACAAAAAAAUUGCACAUUAUCUCACAUACUUAGCUAAAUCACUCAGGCUUUUCCUGCACCAAUUUGACCUGUUUGCCGUUGAUUAUUUUGUUUGCAAAUAGUAAACCAAUGCAUUCUGUCAAGUGGCAGAGCUGAAACAAUAGAGCCUCUAUCAAUCGCUAUAGCAUAGCUAAUUCCAGCUCCUGAUAUCAAGAAUAAAUGCAAAGAAGAAAAUUUUGAUGUUUAAAAAGUCAGAAAAGAAAGAAAAAUCAGUCUUAUUUUCAGAACUGGUCGAAAGGCAUAUUUGCUUUUAGUUGUAACUAGUUUUUUCAGACUCGUAAGGAAUGAGGUAUCAGUUGAACAUUGUAAUCACUCCGUGUUGAAUUAUGUACAAGGAAAAAUAUUCAUGCCAAUAAUCUUGGGACUCUCGCACGCAAAGGAAGUGAUGGAUAUUGUUGGAAUAUGUGUACUUAUCAAUAAAUUUGUGUAAGCCAUCGCUGAUAUUUCUGAGAACUCAAAAAUGUUUUGUCUAAAUUUUGAAGCUACAUGAGAUCUUAAUUUGAUCAAAUGCUUGGUUAUUUGGUUUGCCUGCAUUAAAUACUUACAAUACUAAAGGGAAUUAACCACGUGUUUUUUAUUCAUUCCAAAGUCAUUAGGUAGUUACCAUCCAGAAGAUGAGUCUUUGUUUAAUUGAUUGUUUUUUAUUUUACUUUUCUUGAAACCUUGAUUGUCUACUUACCUGCUCUAAUCUUGUUUGCAUUUUAAUUUUUCUCUGGUGAGAAUCAUAAAUUUCUCCCUCCCAUCUUUUCUAUCCUUUUUUUUUUUUUUUAAAUCAUCAUCCCUCCUUAAUUUAAGUAUGCAAAAAAGAGACUGGUAAAAUGGUGCAUAUCUUCUUAGAGUUGAAGGUGCAAACCUUUAUUGCAGUCUAUGCCUGUUUUUAUUUUUGAACCAAAAAAAAAAAUCCUUAAUUUAGUAAAUGUACUUAGUCGAGAAAAAAAAGUUUUUACUUAUUUUAACUACAAACUUCAUUGUUCUUAUACAAAUAAACUUUAUUGUUCUUAUUA